AUGCGAUCCAAUGCGCCACCAGGCAUCAAGUUCGUCUUUCCGGCAAUGAAUGGGCCUGGGGCGAUGCAUUCCAAGCUCCAGCUGCUAAAGUACCCCGACUAUCUUCGAGUUGUGGUCCCGACAGCCAAUCUGGUCCCUUAUGAUUGGGGGGAGACGGGCGUCAUGGAGAACAUGGUCUUUCUGAUCGAUCUCCCUCGACUAGAGGGCUCCGCGACUCAUCGGCCAACCUCAUUCAGCACCGAGCUCGGCCGAUUCCUGUCAGCAACUGGUGUUGGCGAGUCGAUGGUGAGCAGUCUAACAAACUACGACUUCUCGCAAACGAAGCACCUUGGCUUCGUGUACACCAUCCCAGGCGGACACCAAGGAGAUGAACUGAAGCGAAUAGGAUACAGUGGGCUGGGCACCAACGUGGCUUCUCUUGGACUAGCCACUGACGACCCAAUCGAGGUCGAUUUUGUUUGUGCCUCUCUUGGAUCUCUCAACUACGACCUGGUAGGCGCAAUCUACAAUGCAUGUCGAGGAGACGAUGGCCUGGCCGAAUACAAGUCGAGAACAGGCCGAGCGGGCGCAGCAGGAAAAAACAAGGCGUCGAACCCAUGGCACGACAAGCUAAAGGACCGUUUCCGAAUAUAUUUUCCGACGAACGAGACAGUAACCAGGAGUCGAGGUGGUCGUAAUGCCGCGGGCACCAUCUGUGUCCAGUCCAAAUGGUGGCGCGCACCAACUUUCCCCACUGAGCUCGUGCGGGACUGUGUUAACACCAGACAUGGGCUCCUGAUGCACAGCAAGAUGAUCUUGGUAUCACAGACGGAAGCGGGAAGUCAAAACCAAAGUCAAUUGCAAACGCGUCCGCAAACGCGAUCGGAGCCGCGGGGACGCGACCAGGGGUCAGCUAGUACCCAAGGGGACCCGAAAGCGGCAAAUAUGUCUCUGGGCUGGGUCUACGUCGGCAGUGCAAAUCUGUCAGAGAGCGCAUGGGGGCGCAUUGUCAAGGACCGAGCCACAGGACAGCCCAAGAUGAGCUGUCGGAAUUGGGAGAGCGGUGUUGUAGUGCGAGUUGGCAAUCGUAAAAACAGUAGCACUGUCUCUGCCAACUUCAGUGAGGGUGCUAGCGCCAGUACCAAGGUCAAGGCGGCGGCAGAGACAGAGACACAGACACAGGUACAGGCACGGUCAUCAGUGCAGACGGGGAAGACAUUGAGGCAGCCGGACAAGGGACGCGAUACGAGCCAACAAGUUGACGUCCAGAAACAGAAGCAGCAGCAGCAACAACAGCAGCAGCACAAAGAUCAUCUCGAGAACACGGACGUAGACAUGGAAAUGGUGUUGGAGGGCACAGUCCCAAUUCCAAUGCAACAACCAGGACGACGCUACCGCGCGGGCGAAGAGCCAUGGUUUUACAGUAUGCAGGAGUGA